GGAAUAUUGGCUCUGGGGAACAAUUCGUGUGCCGGUAAAAUAACGAGAUGAUAUUCUAAGUUUGAAAAAAGAAGGAAUGCCUCAAAAUUAGAGCAUUCUUGUGUUCCCAAUGCAGAAUAUACUUUGGAAAAAAGAAAAAUUGUCAUUCAAGCGAUAGCAAAUAUUCGCCGAGGUGUAAAAGUUACUAUAUCAUACUUUCCGGCUAUAUGCCCACCUAAUUCUAUGAGUAUGGAGAAAGAAGUGCUUAAAUUUUUUGUUGGUUCUUGCCAAUGUGAAGAUUGCUCAAAGCCUUAUGGGACAUCAAUACUGUCAAAAUUAUUGGAUGAAUCAAAGGCCUAUUCUGUUCUGGAGGAAUCAGAAGAUAUCAUAAGAGUUGCUAAUGUUCUGUCUGAACUUGAUUUAGAAGCAAAAAUUGAUCCUGAUCUUGUGAAUUCUAUUUUGAAAAAGCAAGAAGGAGUUUUGGGAGACACAAAUAGUUUUCGAAUCAGACUACUGGCUUUCUGCUUGUUCAUGCAUAUCAGCGAUUCGGAUAAAGAAAAAAGAUAUGAGGAGCUUAUUAAAUGCAUGGAAAAAGCCUUUGGUAACUAUUACAGAGAAGUUAGACUGUUGUAUUCUAUUCUUCGCCGCUGCAGUGCAAGAUCAGGAAACUUUGCAAAAGCUCUAAAGCUUACAGAAAAGAUUGGUGAAUUUAAAAGAAUGGGAUUCAAACCAUUGUAAAGUAAUGUAUUUCCCAUGAUUCAGAGUUCUGGUUUUGAAAUUACUAAGACAUGACCCAACAUCAUUGCUGAAUGACUUUGGCUCAAAGUUUGACAGAAAUGUUUGAAAAUGGCCAUUUUCUUAACAUUGUCAUCUAUAAAUUUAGUUUGUUUAUAAGCAUUUGUUUUUUCAAUAAUGUUCACAAUUAUGUUUAUUAUAGCAUUAGGCAAUGUUCAUAAUUUCAUAUGUAUUUAACAUAUAACAAAAAACAAUAUAUUUGUUUUAUAAAGCUUUUUGUUCCAGUUUUCCUUUUUGUCUUUAAAAUUUGUUUAAGCUUAUAGAUUAUGUCUUUAAUGACAGACAAGAAAGUUAUUAUUAUUCUUUUUUUGUAAAAGUUUUACCUUUAUAAUGGAUAUCUUUGAAAGGAUACGAAGACCAAUUAUAUUUGUUUUUGUAUAAGUUUUGUAUUAAAAAA